UUUUGUUCCUCUUUUUAAUUCUGAUAUCGAUCAUCUGUACCGUUAGUUUAAAAAAAUGAUUAAGUUUAUCGGGUAUUUUUUAACUAUAAUUGUCAUUGCUGAAAGUUUAGAACUUCCACCAGAAUUGGAAGAAUACGUAAAAGAUCUUCACAACAUUUGCGUUACGAAAUCUGGGAUAACAGAAACUGACCAUGCAGCAUACGACAUCGUCAAUAAUCCUCACGAUCCCAAAUUAAUGUGCUACAUGAAAUGCCUUAUGCAAGAUGCCAAAUGGAUGGACGGUGAUGGUAAAAUACAGUAUGAUUUCAUCAUCAGUACCGCUCAUCCUGCGAUUAAGGACCUACUCGUAGUUGCCAUUAAUAAAUGCAAAAAUAUUGAAGAUGGUGCCAAUUUGUGCGAAAAAGCAUCCAAUUUCAAUUUUUGCAUGUAUGGAGCUGAUCCUGCGAAUUGGUUCCUUAUUUGAUGGUGUACUUAAAAAAAACCCAUUAAGGAUAUCUGAGCUUCUCAUUCCUAUUUAAGAGUUUUUAAAGCAUUUUUGUUAAACUAAUAA